AUGAGCGAUUCUCAGCCGCCCGAUGCCGAAAGCAAAGAAUUCUGCGGUGGAGUCUCUUUCGCCAUUGCCCCACCCAGCGAGAAAUUCGUCGUAAGCCCCCAAGUACGAGAAAGUGGCUUGCGAGUAUGGAUCUCUGCGACUGUCGACUGGUUGCUGGCACACGCGUCAUCAGCUGUCAUCCGUUGA